AUGGGGGCCUUGUCAUGCAAAAGUCCAUACUUGGUCUUUUACAUGGACAGAACAGAGCUCCGAACUAGACAGCAGGUCCUGCCGAAGGUUGUCUUUGCGUUUCACUUGAAUCAGCCUAUUGUGAUCCCAUCCAGUUUUGGCGCUUCUAAUCCUCCGGAGGCAUUGAAGAUCUAUAUCAGGAGAACGGCUCGGAUCAGAAAGACUGAUUCUUUGUUCGUGUUCUCUGAUGCACAGAAGGGUUGUCCUUCAAAGCAGGCCAUUGCUCGUUGGAUUAGGCUUACUAUUCAACAGGCCUAUGUGUCGGCAGCCUUACCUGUUCCUAAAUCUCUGAAGGCCCGCUCUAUAAGAUCACGAAGCUUGAUGCAGUUUGUAGUGUUAAUGCUGCCGUCACAAAGUAAAGAUGAAGUAACAUUGAACAUAUUCUCUCUCUGGGAAGCUCAGAGACUAAAAUCCAAUCAGCACUGCAUCACCAUGUACCAGGUGACACAGGUAGACCGUAAAGGCGUACCAGAAAGAAUGAGUAAAAAAAAAAGAAUAACUCCCAAUGCUGUGGGAUUACAAGCAAACUUCUCUGGCUCAGAGCAUUCAUUUAUCAAGAAACACCAAGAACUAUUUGAUCUGGCUCUAAACAUGAAAUAUAAAGACAUUGGGGUUGCGCUAAAACAAGAUGUCCGCUACGGACGCAAAGAUCUGCCAGCUCACCGCAGGUUCGAGUACAAGUACAGCUUUAAGGGACCACAUGUCACCCUUCCUGAUGGAACGUUACCCUUCUGGGAGAUAUAUGGAGGUGCAAUUGCUAGUCCGGAUGAGGUUCGACUGGUUCCAUCCCUGAAAAAUCAUAACGGAGCAAUGUGGACCAAAUAUAAUGCUUCAUUUCCUCACUGGGAGGUGGAGCUGUCCAUUAGAAUUUCAGGGCAUGGCCGUCAGGGGGCAGAAGGACUGGCCCUGUGGUACACAAGGGAACCAGGAGGCUUGGGCCCAGUGUAUGGCGCAGCAGAUCGCUGGGACGGAGUGGCGAUCAUUUUUGAUACCUUUGAUCAUGAUUUUAAGGGAAACAAUCCAGCUAUAGUCAUUGUAGGUAACAAUGGCAAACUUGAAUAUGACCACUUACGUGAUGGCUCAAGUCAAGCCCUAGGUACUUGUGUGGAAAAUUUCCGGAACACAAUACGCCCAUUCAGGGUAAAGAUCUCAUUUUAUAAAAGAACUCUACGGGUGUCCGCGUCCACUGGGUACUCUCCCAGUGACCGUGCCUUCACACUCUGUGCAGAGGUUCGCAACAUGGUGAUCCCGUCCACUGGAUACUUUGGAAUCUCUGCAGCCACAUCUGCUCUGGCUGAUGACCAUGAUGUCCUCUCUUUCAUGCUGUACAGCCUAAGUGCAACCUGGCAAGAGUCCCCAGCAGCACAGAUCCCAACUGAUGAGAAGGAGAUGUUUGAGAAAGAGUAUGAAGAGUUUCAAAGAGAACUGGAAAAGAACAUGCAAAAUUUCCAGAAGAAUAAUAGUGCACCAGAUGAAGAUGCGUUUGAGUCGGACAAUCAGCGAGAGCUGGAGAUGGUACUGUUUGGACAAACCCGAUUACUAGAAGAGUUGAGCGUGUUGAAACAUAGACUAAACAUGACAGUUGAGGAACAGAGGAGGCACCGAGACAUUUUAAGUCACAAUGGAGUCAAUGAGACUACAACUGUGAACAAGGAACAUGUGCACAGUUCCUUAGAAACCGUGAUGAAUGGGAUGCCAGAUCUUCUCGCUAUGACAAAGGAGCUCAAAAAGGACAUUCUAAGUAUAGCCAAAGACCUGUCUUCAUCCAAAGGAGGAGCCAAUGCAUCUCCUGCUCCAAGCAGCACUGAUGAUGUCAAGGAAGAUUUCAGUAAAAUUAGACGAAGCCUUCAGAGUCUGGUCAAAAGUUCGGUGAGCACACAAACAUCACCAUGUCCCUCAAGCCUUGAUCAUUCUUUUUGUUUGUCCAGUGGAAUUUUCCUGACAUUUCUGCUUGUCCAGAGUGUGUGCACAGUGGUUUAUAUGCUAUUCAGAACCCAAAGACAUUCAGGCUCUAAGAAGUUAUUCUGAAGUCAGAAAGGAAAUUAUUUACAGUCUGGGCUUGUGCUCCAUGCCCGAAGGGAAGAACUUCCUGGGAUUGGAGACUGAGACUAGAUUAAAUGGAGCAAAUUAUUAUUUUGCAGGAUUUAUAUUGUGCAAUAGAGAGAAUAAUGGUGUAACACUAAACAGUGGAUUAUCUUUGAUGGUCAAUAGUUCCACUAUAUCUAGCAACCGGCAAUAGAUUUAGUGGAUUUGGAUAAAUAAUUGCUUACGUGUUUAUGUAAUUUCAACAUGAUCAAAAUCUAUAACGAUAUUGUAUAACAUUUGCUCGCUCCUUUUUCUCUGUAUCACAAAUGCCUAUACAGAUUUAUUGUGCAUCCUGUUGCUUUUCAGCAAUACAUUUAAUAAAUGGCCUGAAGAGGCAUUUUUGGAUGA